GCCGACUCAAAGCUCUUUGUCGGCAAGCUCAGCCGGAAUACCAACGAAAAGAGCAUGGAGGACUAUUUUCAGCAAUGGGGCAAGGUCGUCGCCUGCAAUAUCCAGCGCCGUGCAUUUACGAAUGAGUCGCGCUGCUGCGGUUUUGUAACAUACAGUGAGACGUCGCAGCUGGACGACUGCAUGAAGAACCGGCCGCACAUCAUUGACGGGAAAGAGGUCAAAACCGUGCGCGUCUCACGGCGAGGCGAGGAGAUGACAGUGAAGAAGAUCAUUGUUGGAGGAAAAAUAACACGGAAAAAUCCCAUCUGGGAAUACUUCAUGGAGUACGCCAACGUCACCUCCGUCGACUUCAUCAUGGUGAAGAGACUGAAUCGCAAGCGCUUCGCCUUCGUCUCCUUCGACGAUUACGACCCCGUCGACAAAAUCGUCCUGAAACGGCAUCAUAUAAUCAACGGAAAUACCUUGGAUGUGGAUAAAGCCGUGGAUAGAGGAUGCAGGGCCAGUGGCUCAACCUCCCUUCCCAACACAGACACAUCCCUGAGCGUCAUCACGGACGCCGUCUCUCACCUGUCCAUGGAUCUCGAGCGACUGUUAGGACAACAGAGCUUCAGUGACGUGACGCUCUACGUCGGUGGUCGUGAGGUCCAGGCUCACAAAGCCAUCCUGUCAGUAGAGACGCAGUCCGCCCGAGCUGAGCGGCUGCGAGGGAUCCUAGAAGUAUCACUAAGAGAGGUUGAAGAUCAUCGUGUGAAGAAGCUCUCUGCUCAAAACCUGAACAUAAGACAAGUCGAGGCUGACGUCCUCAUCCUCUCGGCAAUCAACAAAGGCUGGUCCAGCGAAAGCCAGUGUUAG